GCGUGCUAUUUAAACUCCACACAGUCUCGCGCUCUCUCUCUCUCCCAUUCGGCUCGGUUCGGUUCGGUCUCAGAGUUCUACACUUCACGUCAUUCUCACGGAACAUUCGCGAUUCGGCAGUUCGGACCUGUGGAAAUGACUGAGAGAGAUGAUCGAUGUGGAGGAACACUCAGAGCUUCUGCUGUGCCAGAGGAUGAGUGUGAUCUCAGCCAGGAGUGUGAGACUCUCACACACUCGCAUGCUCCAGUGGUGGUGGUGUGGAGGAACGUGGUGCUGAUGAGUGUACUUCACACUGCAGCUGUCUACGGCCUGGUCCUCGUUCCCUCGGCUUCAGCGUACACACUGCUGUGGACUGUGUGCUGUUUUGUGUUCAGUGCGCUGGGUGUAACUGCAGGAGCACACAGACUGUGGAGUCACAGAUCAUAUAAAGCCUCACUGCCUUUAAGAAUCUUCCUUGCUAUCGCUAACUCCAUGGCCUUCCAGAAUGAUAUUUAUGAAUGGUCUCGAGACCAUCGUGUCCAUCACAAGUUCUCUGAGACGGACGCAGACCCCCAUAAUGCCUCUCGGGGAUUCUUCUUCGCUCACAUUGGCUGGCUGCUGGUAAAGAAACACCCCAAAGUCAUUGAGAAUGGACAAAAACUGGAGCUGAGUGACCUGAAGAAUGACAGAGUCGUCAUGUUCCAGAGAAGGUUCUAUAAGACCUCUGUGGUGGUGAUGUGCUUCCUGAUCCCUGCAAUGUUGCCAUGGUUCCUGUGGGCGGAGUCUCUCUGGGUGGGAUUUUUUGUAUCUGCCCUCCUCAGGUACACACUUGUUCUGAAUGCCACCUGGUUAGUGAACAGCGCCGCCCACAUGUGGGGGAACCGGCCAUACGACGUGACCAUCAACCCCCGGGAGAACCGCUUCGUCGCUUUCAGCGCCAUCGGUGAAGGAUUCCAUAACUACCACCACACCUUCCCAUAUGAUUACGGCACCAGUGAAUUCGGCUGCAAGCUGAACCUUACCACCGGUUUCAUUGAUCUCAUGUGUGUUCUGGGUCUGGCGAAAGACCGCCGCCGCGUCCCCAGUGAGCUCGUCAUGGCCCGCGCCAAACGCACCGGGGACGGGAGCCAUAGGAGUGGAUGAUGUGCUGCAGUGAUCAUCUCUGGAUGGAGUCCACUCUGGGCUUGGUCACUUGUUCUUGCGUGUGGAGAGCAGAGUUUAUCUCUCUUGAGGACCUUCAGGUUUCCACGUGCUGAAUAACCUGUUUUGUAAAUAAAUUAAACGUAGACGAACAGAGUGAUGACGUGUCUGUCCGCAGGGGGUGGGGUGUAGUCGGGUUUAAUAAAGGGUUAACUGCUCAACAAUCAAUCUAUAAAAGUUAAUAAGACAGUAAUAUACUGCAGCGCUGAAGCACCUUCUCCUAUAUUCAUUUAUCCCACAGCUUUAUUGAUUGUGAUUGGUCAGAAGGUCAGUUUAGUGCCUAUAAUGACCUCAGAGACUACACUGACCUGCUCUUGGUUGCUGUUGUAGAAAGGACAUUAUUUAGAUUUACAUUAUUUACUGACCAGUGUCACCCAAAUGAGGAUGAGGUUCCGUUCAGAGCCUGGUUCCUCUCUAGGUUUCUUCCUCAGAUCAUCUCAGGGAGUUUUUCCUCACCACCGUCACCUCAGGAUUCUCAUGAGGGAUAAAUAUUUACUUUACUUUAACCUUUUUUUUUCUUCUCUGUUACUAUAUUUUUGUAAAGCUGCUUUGAGAAAAUGUCCAGUGCUAAAAGCGCUACACAAAUAAACUGAAUUAAAUUCUGA